GGAUAAUCAUCUAGUUAGAUUCAAUCAAUCAAUCGGUCAAUGCUUAAAGUGUCUCACUGUCGCGUGGUACUGUGAACUGACGUCAACCGCCACAACCUCCAGCCGAAUGAGCUUUAAGACCCAUGGGGUUUAAAUGAUACCAACAUUAUAAACAUACACACAUACACACAUACAUACAUACAUACAUAUUCUCUAUCUUCAACCAUCAUCUAGUCAAGCUUGAGCUACUGCAAAACGGUGUUUGUUGAAGAUGUCAUCACUGCACGAACCUCGAGGGAACCUGCCCGCUCUGAACGCGGUCCCUCUAAGCCAGAUUGCUCCUGAAAACCGCCGAGAGACCCGUGGUUCGAAUUCCACCGAGUCUGAUAUGUCACAUUAUCUUCACUUUGAAGACAACGAUUGCUUUUUCCCUCCAGGAGAACUAGGCCAGAAACCACCUACGCAAGGUGAUAGACAAAGUCCGAGGCUGUCCGUCAUGGAACAACCGCGAGCCCCUGAGAAAUAAGCAUCUGGGACUAUUGUUGGUUCAUUAUUUGGAAGUUUGACAAUGUCCUGUCACAUUUUGUGUGGUGACUGAUAAAUUACCCCAAGGACAGUGUAGAUCCGGAGAGUGCGUGUAAAUGACGCUAGGGUGUCACAACAAAGAUCAUCCAGUGUGUACAGAAGCUUUGAAUUAUUGUUGAUAAUAAUGGCAUUUGAAGUAAUAAUAAGCCUGUACUUGUUCACCGGUUUGUAGAAGUAGUUGAGUAGAGGUACAUAUGUAUGUACACACAGUUGUCUACUUGGAUUCACGUGAAUGCAUGACCAGACACUAACGUAUGCAAGCGAAGUGGAGCUUCUGCUGAUAGCUUAGUUAGAGGUACGGUACGGUACCUAGGCAUACUCCGUUAGUCUAGCAUAGGUAUUUUCCCUGGUAUUUUACACGAAAUUUUUAAAAAUAAAA